GCUAUGGUCCUAGAAAAUGAGACAUCGUUGGCAAAGAUCGCGUACUCACUACCGCCCGGGAGUAUGGUCUACCUUCGACAAGACGACACAUUCUAUCUUAAGACAGAGAAGAAGGAAAAUGUUUGGAGGAUAAUUCAAAUGGAUACGGCCUCGCAGCCAAUAACGAUCGCAUCUCCACCACCGGCACAACCGACGCCAUCUCCGCAGGAGCCUUUCCCAAACAAUAGUGGAAAGCAGGUAACCAUACGCAUUCAAAUAAUGCAUGUCCAGCUGUACCUGAUUGCACACCCCGAGCCCCUUGAUGGACGACUGAGGUUUUGGGCAAAACUCGGCGGAGGACACUCGGGUGCCAUAUUCGCAUGCCAGCGGGAGGCGAACAAGAAACAUUUAGGCCAAUCUUUCUAUCCUCUCCUUAGUACUGAUAUGUUCAACAUGGAUUAUGUGGUGCCACCCAUGAAUCGAUACGGCCUGCCACUCGUUAAUAUUCGAGGUGAAACCAUCUUCAGUGACUUUGCGCAUCUAAUUAGAGGUCAAGAGAAACCUCGGGCACCAAUCCUCACCUUCGACGGGUCAAAUAUUUUUAAUGAUACCAGUGUACAAAGGGCUCCCUGUGUCUGGUUGGGUGCAAAACCAAUCUAUCGGAAUGGCGACUACGAGCAUGCCGCGCGCUCGAAGUGCCGCAACUGGCAAACCAAUGCUCCGACUGAGGGUGCACUGGCUGCGCACCUGCCGCCUAACGCCACUGGCCUGGUGGACAAAGACAAUAUCUACGAAGAGUCCUGUUCCAAGCAGUGCCUAAUACUCUGCAUCCAGAUUAUUACUCCGCAGGCAUCAACAGCCGAGAGUAACAACGCACACACCCCUUGA